AUGUCCAGACCUAGUCUUGUCAGAUCUGGUACUUCGACGUACAGUCAAGUUGGCAGCAAAGAUCCGGAUGUCAUCAUGUCACAAAACGCAUAUGCUCUAAGCACGCCUUCAUCUCAAAAGUCCAACAGGCAGCUGGGUUAUGUCCCUGACACACCAAAUGGAGCAAAUGCACCCUUAAUCCAUACUUCUCCUUCUCAAGAGGCUGCUGGUCCAUCAAGAUACAUCUCGCCUCCCCCAGCGAUGCCGAGAUCUCGACCAGGCACUUCCGCUGGCGGGCCCUCGACAGCAGUCAUCCCUCGCCCCGGUACCGCACAAACUGUUCAACCAAGGGAACGCUCGAUGAGCAACUCAAACACGCAAUCGUACUGGGGACCACUUCCUCGUGGCUACAACGGUGAGAGUUACGACAUGGGCUCCCGCCCAGCAUUUUACAGCCGCCGCUCUUACAACGACUACGAGAAUAUGGGUGCUCAAUUUGAAGACUCAGAUACACAGGCUUUGGAGCCUACUUCCCGCAGCAACCCCAAACAAGCUUCCGUCGAUCCAUUCCCGACUGAUGUGCAGAGGAUCCCUAUUAACUCUGAAAGCCCUUUGCAUCAAGUGCGUCGUGCACCUUCAGACUCGUUCAGGAGUUUACGCUACGAUACCAAGAAGCGCUCCUAUCGCUUUGACAAUCUCUCGGACAUUGAGAGCGAAAGAAGUGCCGGGCGAGGUGCCAAUGGUCCGGGCUCUUUCUACAGGAAUGGACGACCUUCUACUCCGGUCGAGGAGAUUCUGCGGUUACCUUUGACUUGGUGGAUGAACUCCACUGCUAAGAAUCCCAUGAUCGGCGAAUUCGUCGGCACGACCAUGUUUCUCUUUUUCGCCUUUGCCGGCACCCAAGUCGCCAACGUCGGAGCUUCAACCACCACUACCACGAACGCCACCAAUGGAUUCUCACCCCUUGUCCUGCUUUACACCUCCGUCUCUUUUGGCUUUUCCCUCAUGGUAAAUGUCUGGAUCUUCUUCCGUAUCUCUGGCGGGCUGUUCAAUCCUGCCGUCACUCUUGCCAUGGUUAUGGUAAAGUCUCUGGAUUACGUUCGAGGUAGUUUACUUUUCCUAGCACAGAUCUCUGGCAGUCUGUUGGCGUCGGUGCUGGUCAGAGCACUCUUUCCCACGCCACUGAAUGUCAGGACGACGUUGAGUGCAGACACCAGUAAAGUUCGCGGUGUCUUUAUCGAAGCCAUCCUGACUGCCGAACUCGUCUUCACCAUCUUCAUGCUUGCAAAGGAGAAGCAUCGUGCUACUUAUAUGGCUCCAAUCGGCAUCGGCCUUUCGCUGUUCAUCGCCGACUUUGGUCCUUGCGCCGUUACUGGAGUCUGGGACAAUGAGCAUUGGAUAUAUUGGCUAGGACCCGCACUGGGCGCACUCAUCGCAGUGGUGUUUUACAAGUUCAUCAAGAUUCUGGAGUACGAGAUUGCGAACCCGGGACAAGAUGCCACGAGCGAAGAUGUCUCGCCGCCGCUGAGUAGGGAUGGGGUGUGGAGGAAGAAAGACGAGGAGGCCUGA